AUGAAAACGUUAUGCAGCAGUCACAGUCUCCCAAUAUCGCGACGAGUGAUUUGGACCGAUUCAAAAACCGUCCUUUCGUGGAUCCAUUCUGAUCAUCGUCGCUAUCGACAGUUUGUCGCCUGCCGGAUAGGAGAAAUCCUCUCCAAGACAAACAUUGAGGAGUGGCGGUACGUUCCAUCGAAAAUCAACGUCGCGGAUGAUGGAACCAAGUGGGCUAGUGGACCAAACCUGAAACCCGACAGCCGUUGGUUCAAAGGCCCGGAGUUUCUAUGGGCACCAGAGGAGGCUUGGCCACAACAAGUAAAACCAGAGGAAACCGAAACCGAAGCUCGACCAUGUCACAUCCAUAUAGCAGUGCAACCUGACGAAAUCAUUAACUGGGAACGCUUUUCGAAGUUCGAGAGGCUCCAAAGAACAGUUGCAUACAUCCACCGCUUCACAGACAACUGUAGACGCAAGGCGGCAAAACAACCACUGCAAUCCUCGCACAUUACCCAGGAAGAAAUCUAUAGAGCUGAAAAUACCCUAUGGCGAUCGGCGCAGCUAGCUGAGUUUCCGGAAGAGAUGGUUCGACUCCAGAUGACAAAAGAUGGAGGAAAAUCGAAACUCAACCAAGGUAGCCGUCUUUACAAGCUAUCACCGUUCAUCGACGAAUGGGGAGUAGCGCGAAUGGACACUCGAAUCGCUGGGGCAAUCUUCGUUCCGCACGAUACUAGAUUCCCAAUCAUCCUCCCGAAGGGUCAUCGCCUCACCAACCUGGUCGUAGAGUGGUAUCACCGACAUUAUCUGCAUGCGAACAAUGAAACCGUUAUCAACGAGGUCCGCCAGCGAUUUCACGUACCCUGUCUCCGAGCACUAGUCAGGAAACUCUCCAGAACCUGUAUGCAGUGCAGAGUGUCAAAGGCAAAACCGCUGUGCCCACGUGAAGCACCACUUCCUGAUGCGAGACUCAGUCCAUAUACUCGACCGUUCAGCUAUGUUGGACUGGACUACUUCGGUCCCAUUCAAGUCAAGGUCGGACGUUCUCUGGCCAAACGAUGGGUGGCGCUGUUUACGUGCCUCACCAUUCGGGCCGUCCAUUUGGAGGUGGUACACUCCCUUUCCACUGAUGCCUGUAAGAUGGCGAUACGACGAUUCGUAGUGCGGCGUGGAUCACCCUUGGAGAUUAGAAGUGAUAACGGCACCAACUUCCUCGGAGCCAACCGUGAGCUACAGCAUCAGAUCCUGGAUAUGAACCAACAGCUAUCCGCCGUGUUCACCAACGCUGCCACCAAGUGGGUAUUCAAUCCUCCGUCCGCUCCCCACAUGGGUGGUUCGUGGGAGAGGCUCGUCCGGUCGAUCAAGAUCGCCUUUUCGUCCCUGAAUAGCAGCAGAAACCCAGACGACGAAACUCUUCUCACAUUGAUGACCGAAGCGGAAGGGAUAGUCAACUCUAGACCUCUGACAUUUGUAUCACUGGAAGCGGAAUCGCAAGAAGCUCUCACGCCAAAUCAUUUUCUGCUGCUGAGCUCGCAGGGAGUUACUCAACCUCCGAAGCCUAUAUCUGGAUGUUCUGAAUCUGUUCGGACCAACUGGAGACUGACCACUAACCUCGUGGACCAAUUUUGGAGCCGCUGGGUGCGAGAGUAUCUCCCGACCAUUGCUGGUCGUACCAAAUGGUACGGAGAGGUGAAAGAACCGAAAGUUGGAGACCUAGCUGUCGUCGUGGAUCCGUCUGUCCGAAACGGAUGGCUGCGAGGACGUAUUGUUUCCGUAAUAAAGGGGAGAGAUGGGCGAAGCAGACAAGUUCAAGUGAAGACGUCAGGAGGAGUGAUGCGACGACCAGUGACUCGGGUUGCCAUCUUGAACAUCAAGGCCUCGGAAAACACUGAAGCAGGAAGUAACGCAGUACCACCGGACUCGAUGGACGUGCAUUACGGGUAG